AUGGAAGAACUUGCAGAACUGCAAAGGGAGCAGCACAAGGCUCUUGUGGAGGAGCAUUCCACUGAGGAAGAGGAACCGCAGGUUUCCAGCAAGGAGAUCAAAUCCAUCUGCCAGAUGUGGACCAAGUGCCAGAACGUCUUUGAGAGGCGCCACCCAACCAGGACUGUGACAGGAAGAAUUUUGGACAUGAUGAAUGACAAUGGGGUCAGCCACUUCAGGAAGAUUCUUCAGCACAGGACAAAACAGAUGACAGUGUGCAAAUGUGGGAUGCAGUGGGCACUAGAGGGCGUAGCUUCACCAGAGAGUACCUGCAACGAGCAGGCAAGUCUCCACCUGGCCGUUCCUGCCGUCAGCUCCGACGCCGGCUCCGGCUACAUCCGCACGGUCUUGGGGCAGCAGAAGUUGAACGAGCUGGACAGCUCCAGCUUGGCUUUGCCCGCUCGGCUGUCGGGCGGCCGAGGGCAGGAGCAGAAAUCGCUUCGCAUCCAGAGGCAGGUCCAGCAGACGCUGGCCAGGAAAAGCAAAGGCUCCUCGGUCCACGGAAGCCUGCAUCGGACAAACAGUGUUCCAGAAUAUGUGUAUAAACUAGAUGCCGUUGAAACAGAUUUUGCUUCAAGGCCUUCCUUUGGAACUUCAUAUUAUCUCCAGUCUCAUCAGAUAGGCUCCCAAGGCAGUUAUGAAAAUGGCUGGGGACCUAGAAUCCUAUCGUAUAAUGCCCACAGGACGAUGGAAGAGAAGUUUCAAAGGCAACCAUUGAAGAGAUUAGAAAUUUCACCUGAUGGCAGUCAUGACAAGCUGGCUUUCUUCCAAAACGACAUCCUGUACAACAGGGGGCCGACCAUAAGGCAUGGAGAAAGCAAGAGAUCCAGUGUCAUGGCCCCAAGAUAUGCUCGCUCUGAGAUACUUGGCUACACAAGCAACCACACUCCCCCUAGAGGCUACAGUAUGCAAAGACAUUUCUACAUUGGGUCGGCUAAUGAAACUGCAGUUGACAGUGCCCCCAACAGCCCGGGGAUGCCCAUCUACCAGCGAAUUGGGAACAGUCGGAGCAUGAACAACCUCAUGGAGAAAGAGAGUUACCUGACUUCUGGUUCUGCCACAGGACAAGUCCGAAAUCCCGUCAGUUUCCAAGCAGGGCCACAGAACAAGCAGUUUCUGAAGUCCAGCUGGCAUCAGAGUACCUUCAGGUCUCAGAACGCAAAAGAGGCUUCUCAACCAACUUCAGUCACUAGCACCACAGCUGAGGCAGGUGGGAAGAGGAUGACAAUGACUGCAGCUAUGGCCGCAGCUGCAGGAAAUGGUUUCGUAGAACAACAGAAGAUAGCCCCCACUGGAUCGCAACUAGGGAAUCAAGAACAGGAGAUGACUCUGGAGCGUGCAGUAAAUAUAUUGCAGACUGAAAACUCUGUGUCCCCCCGAGUCCUUGCAGCAAUCGUUUUUAUACAGCAUGAGAGCUUCCAAAGGGCAGAAGCCAGAAGGAAGGUUUAUUUACUUGGUGGUAUACCCAGACUGCUAGAACUCCUAAAUGUGCAGAAUGAGGAUGUCCAAAGGGCAGCGUGUGGUGCUUUGAGGAACCUGGUGUAUGAAGACAAUGACAACAAACUGGAAGUGUCAGAGCAGAAAGGGAUCUCCAGCCUCCUCAGGCUAUUACAGCAAACCAGAGAUGUGGAGACAAAAAAACAGAUCACAGGUUUACUGUGGAACCUCUCCUCUAACGACCAACUGAAGAACGUGUUGAUUCGAGAGGCCCUGAAGCCACUGACAGAAACUGUUCUCAUCCCUUACUCAGGCUGGCCAGAUAGAGAUUAUCCCAAAUCAAGUAUCAUACCUGACCCUGAUAUUUUCUACAACGCUACGGGAUGCCUAAGGAACAUGAGCUCUGCUGGCCCCGAAGGCAGGAAAAAGAUGAGAGAAUGUAAUGGGCUGAUUGAAUCCCUGGUUUAUUAUAUCCAAGGCACUACUGCAGACCACCAACCGGAUGAUAAGGCCACAGAGAACUGUGUGUGCAUUCUUCAUAAUCUGUCCUACCAGCUAGAGUCUGAACUCCCCAGCAGUUAUGCCCAAAGAAUCUAUAUGCAAAGAAGAGAUGAACCUUCCAGUAACAACAGCAUCGGGUGCUUUGGCUUAAACAGCAGGAAAGUAAAGCAGAAGCAACAGGACAUGCCCCUCCCUGAGGAAAAGAGUGUUCCCAGUGGCAUUGAAACACUCUGGCAUUCCACACUGAUAAGGAUAUAUCUGUCCUUAAUAGCGAAAAGCACAAGGAACUACACCCGAGAAGCUUCGCUGGGGGCUCUGCAGAACCUCACAGCGGGCAGCGGUCCAAUGCCAUUUGGCGUAGCCUACAUCAUCGUCAAGAAAGCCAACGGCCUCCCAAGUAUUCGAAACAUGCUACAUGUGACCAAUUCAAGUGUCCGCAAAACAGCAGUUUCUCUGCUUAGGAACUUAUCUCGGAACACCUCCUUGCAAAAUGAAAUAGCAAGAGACGUUUUGCCUGAUUUGGUCGCCAUACUUCCGGAUUCUGUCCAAACAUCUGAUGUGGCCAAUGAAACAACUGCUUCUGCCUGCUAUGCUUUAUACAACCUAACUCAGAGCAACUCCCAGAAUGCUCGGCUCCUCCUGAACUCUGAUGGCCUCUCCAAGGUUAUGAAUAUCAGCUCAAGUGAGAGCAAAGCUGGUAGAGCUGCUUCGAUUCUCCUGUAUUCUUUAUGGUCACACGCUGAUCUCCACAGCGCCUACAAAAAGGCUAACUACAAGAAGACAGAUUUCAUCAAUAAUCGGACAUUAAGAGCCUACAAUUCACUAAAAGACUAAAACAGCCUACAAGAAACUUAGAGACGUGGUGACAGUCUAUGGAGAUUAACGCUGCCAUAUUUAACAAGAUUGAUUCACCAGCAAGAACUGUCCAGCAUCCUCAAAGUGAUAGCAGUUUUAAAUAUUUUUAACAGAUGACCAGGAAAAAAGUGUUCUCCCUUCAUAUUAUCUGCCUUACACCACUGCUUCUUUACCUUCCUGAAUUCAGGACUUGUUUGUAAAUGUCAAGACGAUAUAGUAAGCAAUUUUAGUACAAAAUCUGACACUGGUGAGCAUUUCACACAUUUUACUGGAAUUCUGCCCAGUUUUGGACAAUAAUAUACAUCAAUGUCCUACUUUUUUAUAUGAUAAAUUAAUAGCCAAAGAAGACUGGAUUUGGGACUUAAUGUUGAAUUCUUUUUGCUUAUUUUGGUAUGUUUUUUGGGGGGAGGGGUGUUGGGGUUUGUUUGUUUGUUUGUUUGCUAAAUCUAGUACUAAUCAGGGCUUCAUAUAAAACAAUCUAGUCUACAGGGAUUUUUGCAAGUUUGAGAAAAUGCAGAAAAAUUAUUUGUAAACUGCCUUUUGAAUUAUGACAUUUUCCUGGGUUGUGAUUUUUUUCACAUUUUUUAACACAUCAGUUGUCAUUACCUCAUGCAACCCUGUCUGCUAAAACCUGAUUUUCUAGCAGUAUGGAAUUGAAGGUGUGUACUGAAAGAGCAAUUUUUAAAAUGUCUACAAACUUG